AAGAAAUUGAGCAACUAGCAACGGUCAGUGUACGCGCACGCUGCCGGGUGGGAGGCGGGAAAUGAAAGAGAGGCUAGAGUGCGGACCGGACGAUGGACAUUCAACGAUCUCUUGAGCUCUUGCACAUGACCAUAUAUACUCAAAGUGUCUCACCUUGUGGCAGAUAUUUAGCAGCCGGAAAUAACUAUGGAGAAAUUGCCGUAUUCAGCCUGUCGGCAGCAUUAAGUUCAGAAGCCAAGGAGGAGAGCAAGAAGCCAGUAGUGUGCUUUGCAGCCCACAGUGGAGCGAUCUAUGCCAUGGUGUCCACCGAUCGGCAGCUGUUAAGUGCUGGCAAUGGAGAGGUCAAGGCCUGGAACUGGAGCGAGAUUGUGAAAAAAAGUUGCAAAGAAGCUUGGAGUAGGAGGCCACCUUAUGGAAGUAGACUUGAAGUGCCAGAAAUCAACAGCCUGCAGUUGAACCUGAAGGAUAAUAGUCUACUGAUGGCUGGAGGUGACUGUGUCAUUCACAUGAUGGACUUGGAGACUGGAGUAUUUACUCAUGAAUUUCAGGGCCACACUGAUUACAUCCACUGUUUGGCCCUUCGUGAGCAGCUCCGAGAAUGUCUGUCAGGAAGUGAGGAUGGGACCGUACGUCUUUGGGAUUUACGUAUAGGAGGUCAAGUCCAAUCAAUUGCUGUCCACAAAUAUGAGGAAUGCAGACGCCCUCAGAACGGGAAGUGGAUCAGUUGUUUGGCGACAGAUUCUGACUGGAUGGUGUGUGGCGGGGGCCCAGCGCUCACUCUUUGGCACCUACGUUCAGUGACACCCACCACUGUAUUUCCCUUGCCUCAGUGCCAGCAGCAAGCCAUGUUCUAUCAAGAUCUGAUUCUCUCUGCUGGCCACAGUCCAACCAUUAAUCAUUUACAGAUCAGUGGGGAAGUGAAAGCCCAAAUCCCUUGCCUCCCUCGUUGUGUCCACUCCAUUUCCAUCAACGAACGCUCUGCAGAGCAUAAGGUGUUGACAGCAGCUGGAAGCAGCCACUUCAUUGAUGUCUUCACCAACUUUGGAUACCGAGCCUUUUCACUAAUUUUUACCUGAGACGCACAUAGUGUUCUUUUGUGAAUAAUCUUGGUUUUGUGAAAUUUCAAAUCCAGUAUGGUCUAAGGGGCAUCUCUGAUUGCUGAAGAGCUUGCAAAGUUUGCCUGCAAAAGGGGGGGUGGGUUUGCUCCCCCACAAGGGUUGUGAGAGAAACUCCAAAAACAAGCAGGAUGACUUAAUAUGGAAGUGAAUGAAAGGAACUGAAACUUGCCUGAAAGCAGAUGUCCUAAGUCUACAAUUGAUCUGCGUGUUUUCAUUCCAGGAC